UUGUAAGUCGCUUUGGAUAAAAGCGUCAGCUAAAUGCAAUGUAAUGUUAACAGAGAAUACCUCAAAUAAACAUGGCAUCAACUUAACAGGUGUUGCCUCAACAAACGGACUCGUACACUGACAAACCAAGGAACCUAUAUAGUGGCUUGGCCAAACCAAGUUAAAACCAAGGGAUAAUUAAUAGUAACAGAAUACACAAAGGACACUGACAAAACCCAAAAAACUUUGACAUGGAAGCAGGUGGUCUGUCCCAAUUGGCUCCUCGCAGUAUUUAUGAGUCCUCAGCGCUCAGCCAAGCCCUUUGCUGAACCAGGAGUGCUUGAGUGCUUCCGAAAGCCUGUUCAUUUUUGGCACUAACAUUUAUUGUACCUGUCAUCACAUGCUGAAGAAAAAUGACAUAUUUUUGACUAAAUCAACGCUCUGCUUUGCAUCACCUUGUAUGAUAACCAAAGUUGUUGUUGUUGUUGCAGAAAUCAUGUCUGACGGUGACAUUUCUAAUGCCAGAGAGGCUGUCCUUAAGCCUAGUUGCGAAUUGCCGGAGGACACGCUAAAGAUCAGGGGCUACGACUUUAACCAGGGGGUUGAUCUCCAGGCAGUGAUGGACUCCUUCAUCACCACAGGCUUCCAGGCCAGCAGCUUGGGAUUGGCUAUCCAAGAGAUAAACCAAAUGAUAGAGAAGCGUCUUGAGCCAAUGGAGGAGGGUGAGGGAAAAGAGACGGAUGAAUAUCGCAGCAAGGCGGGCUGCACCAUCUUCCUGGGUUACACCUCCAACCUCAUCAGCUCUGGAAUCAGAGAGAGCAUCCGCUACCUGGCUGAGCACAAAAUGGUGGAUGUGAUUGUAACCACAGCUGGAGGCAUAGAGGAGGAUUUCAUUAAGUGUAUGGGUAACACAUACCUGGGAGAUUUCAACCUGUCUGGCAAGGAACUCCGCCUAAAGGCCAUCAACAGGAUAGGGAAUCUGUUGGUGCCCAAUGACAACUACUGUAAGUUUGAGGACUGGCUGAUGCCCAUCCUGGAUCAGAUGCUGUUGGAGCAGAACGAACAGGUGGGUCUCUCUAAUAAGGAAAUUGUGUGUCUAUUGCAUGCAGCACAGUCGUAUGAAAUGACAGUACAGAGUUCCAAACUCUUCUUUAAUCGGGCUGCGACUAAUGAUUAUUUUCCUGAUCUUUUAAACUGCCAAUCUUUUAUGAACAAGAAAAUAAUAAAAAUCUAUAUCCCAGUUUUCCAAAGUCCAAGGUGUCUUUAAAUGUCAGUCCAAAAA